AUGGCGUUCCAAGUCAUAUUCCAAAGAUUAAACAAGAGAAAUUUAAGAAGAGAAAGGGUCUUCAGGGACCGGACACAUCCUUUGGAUAUGUAUGACGAUCAAGACUUAAUCGUAAGAUUCCGCAUGCCAAGAUAUUGUAUUUUAGAUAUUAUAGAUUUGUUGGCUGAGGACUUGGAGCCACCCACUAUGAGGUCCAAGAGCAUACCGGCUUCUCUACAAGUUUUGACGGCCCUGAGGUACUUUGCCACUGGAUCCCUACAACAGGUAGUCGCCGACAUUGCAGGGGUAAGCCAGCCAACUGUUUCAAGAAUAGUCUACAAAACAUCUAAAGCUUUAUCAAAUAGGGCAAGGGAAUUCAUCAAGUUUCCUGAGAGAAUAGCAGAACAGCUUGUAAUCAAACAGGGUUUUUCGUGCGAAUUUAACAUUCCAAAUGUAUUGGGAUGCGUUGAUGGAACGCUUAUCCAAAUUAAACCACCAUCGGAAAGGGAAGACGCGUAUGUGUGUAGAAAAGGGUACCACGCAAUUAACGUUCAGGGAGUUUGUGAUCAUAAGAAAAAACUGACAAACAUUGUUGUUCAAUGGCCUGGUAGCACACAUGACGCAUAUGUUUGGAAUAAUUGUUCGCUGAAAGAGUGGUUUGAAAAUCAGCCCUAUGUUGGCCAUCUUUUGGGCGACCAAGCCUACCCGUUGAGACAAUAUUUAAUCACUCCUCUUCGGGUUCCAAGUACACCAGCUGACAGGGCAUUCAAUGUUGCACACAAAAGAGCAAGACAGAGAAUUGAAGAUACGUUCGGACGAUGGAAGAGUCGGUGGCUUUGCAUUCACAAAUUUGGUGGACCGUUAACAGUUUGCCUAUCUACAGCUGUACAAGUAAUCACAGCUACUGCAGUGCUGCACAACAUCUGUGAAGAUCGAGGUCUCCCCGUGGAGUUCCAGCAGGACGAUGAUGAGCAGAAUGAUGAUGAUAAUGACAUGCCAGGCGAUGUACAAGAUCACUCAGGACAAGAAAUUAGACAAAUGUUGAUAAGAGACAGGUUUUAGGUACUUAAAAAAUACAAAUUAAACUGAUUUCAUUUGUACGAUGACAUUUGAUCUGGCCGGGUAUUUGAAUUGGUAGCUUUGCAUAAUAGGUAAUGUUUUCAAUAUUUAGAAGCUCGGCAUAUAUACAGAUAUCGGAAUGUAAAUUUCAGGAGCACC